AUGGACAUGCUAGAAAAAGCGGAGGAUCAGUUUUGGGAGGAGUCCAUAGAUACCGGGGAAGGGUCGUACGACGAUUUCGACGACGAUAGGAGUGAUGUGGAAAAGGAGGAUGACGACGACGGUUUAGGCGAAGGCACGGUUUUAUUACGAAGAAAAAGAAGAAAAAAUAAAAGUAAAAGUAAAACAAAGGAGGAAUCAAGAGCGACGAGAACUUUAGAGAACUCGAUUUUACGCGCGAGACAGUUCGCGUCGACGGAAAACGCGCGAAAGAUUGUGCAGGAAGGCGAGAAGGCGCGCGUGGUUGCGCGAUCAACGCUGGCGCAAUCGAGCGAAAGAGCGGCGGAGAUAUCGAAGCAAGCGGUGGAAAAAGCAGAGUUUGUGAGGAGGCAAAUAGAGGCGGUGCCGAAUAAGAAAGAGAUUGUGAGCGCCGCGGCGGCGGCGACGGCGGCGACGGCGGCGAUUUCGACCGUGUUGGCGGAACCGUUGAUGACUAUGGCGGGGUCUAUCGUCGCGUUUUCGUUGGUGAAGAGUUUCGAGACGAUGGACGAACAGUUAAGACAGAAACAGAAAGAAAUCGAGACGAAGAAGAGAGAGGAGAAGGUGGAUUUGUUGAUGAAGACGAAAGAGAGAAAAGUGGAGACGAGAGUGGAGGUGGUGGACGCGCCGUUGGAGGUGGUGAGCGCGGUGACGUCGUCGACGCCGCCAGUCGAAGAACGGGUGAAAACGACGAGAGAGGAGAAAAAAAUUGUAGAAAAAGAAGAGGAAUUAUUAGGAGCAUCGGCGGCAGCGGCGACGACGACGCAGCAAGCAACAACAACACCAAGAUCUAGAACAGCAACAAACUCCGCCACGAGCGGUUUCGUUUCCCAAAUUGCCAACGAAAACGAAACCGCCUUAUUCGAAGCGCGCAAAAAGAGAGAGCAGAUUUUGAACGAGAUGGCGCAAUACAACGACGCGCCGGCGACGACGAAGAAUGGGAACACAAUGCGCCCGGGGAAGUUGGCGGAAACGACGAACAACAAAUACUUCGCCAACCGCGCGACGAAACGCACCGCGGACGUUUUAGGCUACAGCACCACGCCUCCGCAAAACGUUCCAACGGAUGCGCAAAAAGAACAACCACCGAAAGCGUCGAUGACGUCACCGUCACCAUCUUCAUCGGAAAAAAAGAGACGAGACGACGAUACGAAAAUCAGUCUCUUCGCCGCCUUCUUCGCCGUGUUUACCUUUCCGUUUACGCUUUUGCUCGAACUCUUCAGAGCGUGCGUGGAAGUCUUGAAAAAGUACUUCUUCUCAACAAGCAGCGGAGAGGAAAGAGACGCCGGAGAGAGAAGUUAA